UAUAGUUACAGUCGAGUCAGUCUUCACUCUUGAGUGAAUGCUAUUACUAUAAAAGGGAUCCGAAAGGACAGAAACUCGAUUACCGGAAAAGGCAUCCUUGUCGGCGUUGUUUUGAUAUUUACGAGAUACAUGGAACCAGCAACACAACGGGAAGUGGAAGAGACGGUGCUCGAGAUUUUAAGAAACACGGACAUGAACGAGAUGACCGAGUUCAAGGUUAGAACCAUGGCUGCGGAGAAGCUUGGGGUCGAUCUCUCAGGUCCGGAACCAAAGCGUUUUGUCAGAAAUGUUGUCGAGUCGUUUUUGCUGUCUAAGGAGCAGCAGGAGCAACAGGUGACUGGCGCUGUUGUGGAUGAAGAAAAGAAAGAGAUCGAAGAAGAAGAAGAAGACGGCGAAGGUGGAGAGGAGGAGAAGAAGAAGUCCGCCAUCGCUGCCAAAGAGUACGAUGAUGAUGGUGAUCUCAUUAUUUGCAGGCUAUCGAACAAGAGAAGGGUUACGAUUCAAGAUUUUAGAGGGAAGACCUUGGUGUCGAUAAGGGAAUACUACGAGAGAGACGGGAAGCAACUUCCUUCCUCAAAAGGAAUCAGUUUGACAGCUGAGCAAUGGUCAGCUUUCAGUAAGGCUGUGCCUGCAAUAGAGGAAGCCAUCGAAAAGAUGGAGUCCAGGCUAAGGUGAUCUGUGGAUUUCGGAGUUCAUACAUUUAACCAAGGUCCUAAAAAUGGCAGUGAUGUUUCAACUGGAUCAUGGAUGUUUUGCACCUUGGAAGGAUUUUGUUUGCCCUCUUCGUCUUCUGUUGUGGGGGUGUAGUUUUGGUCGGCCUGGUUGAGAAAUAUUAUCUUGUAAUCUAACUGUAGGAUGCUCUUCAGGUUGUAACUCCUUUGGCAUAUGCUUAUAAAAUCCUGCUCUGGUUCAUAUUUCUGCAA